AUGAAACGCUGCCUCGAGCUGGUCCUCCUGGUGCUGCUCAUUCUGCCAGUAAUCGCUUCUCUCGCCGAUGCAGCGGACACGAAUGCGACCUCAAGCCGACCUAGAGCCGCUGGUCCUGACGACACUCCCCCCGGCACCACCACUCCCCCCGGCACCACCACUCCCCCCACCACCACUCCUCCCAGCACCACCACUCCUCCCAGCACCACCACUCCACCCGGCACCACCACUGAUGAAGAUGAUACCACUGAUGGCGGAAGUUUCACCAUAAACAGCGGCAACAACAGCAGCAGCCCAGGUGGCAACAGUGGCAGCAGCAGCAGCAGCAGCAGCAGCAGCAGCAGUGGCAGCAGGGCAAGGGCAAGCCCGGUGCCACCGCCCCCACCAGCGAUUCCGUCCUACGGCUGUAACGUGGACUUCAGUGCCCUCGCCAACGGGAACAUCACCUCUCUCUCGGCCUGCUCUGGCCCGUCUCCAUCCCCAGACGCAUGCUGCGGGCCGCUGUUGGCGUUUCAGAGGAGCUUCGCUGUGAGGGAGCCCAUGUUCUUCCUCGCCAUCACCACACAGCCCGAGCUCAACACCCCUUGCAGGAAGGUACUGCGAAGCUGGUGCAUCUGCAGGCAUCACCUGUCCGCCCGCGCAUCACUGCCCAUUGACCUGAUUCCCAGCUCUGAUUUAAAAGGCUUCGACUCUGAGCCUUCCUCCGUUUCGUGUGGUCUCUCUCCUCUCUCUCUGCCCAUCUCCCUCCCCUCAUCCGCUACCAGUCCCUCCAGGCGCAUCUGCAGGCGUCCCCUGUGCGCCCCGCGCAUCACUGCCAAUGUCUUCUCCCUCUGCAACCCUCCCACCAACGCCUCCUCCUCCUCCUCCUCCUCCUCCUCUUCAGCCUCAUCUCGUCGCAGUCUGCUCCCUCUGGUGGCGGUUGGAUCCGCCAAGCAACAAGUGCCCUGUGGUGUGGGUGCAGGACGUGGAUCGACUCCCAGCUUCCUGCAGGUCAUGUGCCUUUCACAUGCAUGUGCCUCGCAACAGACAGAUACAACCAGCUCCAGAUGCGCCUCCCCUCUGUCUGCUCCUAUUCAUCCCUUCCCUGUCUGCUCCUGUGUCCCUCCGAACUUCUCCCCUCUUUCCGCUCUCCCUCCCGCCUUCCCGCCCUCCCCUCCUGCUCCCUGCAGUCAGAACGUCACUCGCCUGGCCAAGGCAUGCGCCUCUGCAGAUACAGCCUGCUCUAGAUGCGCCUCCACGCUUUCUGCCGCAGCUGCCGCCCUGGCCCGCUACAGCCCGGCUGUAGCGGCUCGCACUGCGGCAAGGGGAAGCGCGGGUAAUGCGAGCAUGGCUGCUGGUGAACCCACCACUGCACCAUCCGAAGCAGUCAUGGAUGAUUGUGCCCGAGUAACAUUCGUGAGGGUGGCUCAGGCUCAGGUACGACUCUCUCGUCGUGUGCCCUCCUUCCUGUCCUUGUGUGCUUACCGUGUGGCUUGUAAAACCACCACUGCACCGUCUGAAGCGGUCAUGGAUGACUGUGGGCGAGUGACAUUCGUGAGGGUGACUCAGGCUCAGGCCCAAGUACGUUCCUUCACCUUUAUUCGUCCUCCUUUUGUCCGCCCUUUUCUCGGUGCAGCCCGGCCGUAG